AUGGGUACACCUGAUUAUAAUUCGCAGUUUCCUCUCCAUGACUGCUAUGAUGCACUGUUAACGGAACAAAGUUCUUCAUAUCAAGCCCCUUAUCCACCAGAUCAUUUGUAUCAACAGUGUGCCCAAAGGCAAUACCAUGACUAUCAUCAGUCUACGUCACAUGAAGCCUGGUUAUCUUUGCAACACUCUGGGAAUUAUGGAACUGCAGCAGAUCUCCAGACUGCCAUAUCCGACGAUGCAGUUGCCAGCAUCAGCAGUACCAUCAGUAGCAGCAUCAGUGGGAGGAGCGAAUCAACCAACUUUAUUGCCCCAACAAGCGACGCGACUUUUGCAUAUCCCCUCUCACCGGAGGCCAGGGAAAAAUCGAAAAAUGCUGCUCGCAAGCGGCGUAAGAAUGAGAACAAUGAAUACGAAUGUCUGUCGCAUUUGCUCCCUUUACCCACUACCGCGAAGGCUCUGGAUGGUUUUCCUUUGAUCAUCUCCGGCUCUGGCUCGGUAAUCUACAUUGGCGAAACUGUAAAAACACUACUGGGCUUGGCUAAGUGGGAUGUGACAGGGGCUCCGUUCGUGGCCAUUGUCAAAGAGGAAGACCAGGAGGAACUAGAGGAGGUUCUCGAGUUGCACCCUUCGGAAUUGAGUCAAAUAGAUCGCCUGAAUACAGAAUUUCGAUUCGAGCGUCGAUUUACCGUUCGAGUAAAGUGCGUCCUCUCUAAACGUAAUAGUGGACUAAGCUCCGAAGGCUACAAGGUUCUGCAUUACGGAGGGUAUAUCACAGCUGGUAUGUUUGAUGUCAGAGGAGGUCCUAGAAAGGUGGUUCAAUGGCUGUGUGGAAUCGCCUCCACUUUACCCUCGGUGAAUGGAAACUCGACUGAUGUUAAGAUGAGUCGGGAUAUGUUUAUGUUUCGUGCCAGCCUAGGUUUGGAAAUAACCUAUGCUGAUGAACAGCUUCAAGUCCUAACCGGUUACCAGGCCAGGGAUAUCAUCGAUAAAUCGCUCUACCAGUUGAUCCACCUUGGAGACGCCAAUGAGCUUGAAGAGUGUCACAUAACACUGUUAACCAAGGGUCAAGUAACAACGCGCUACUUUCGACUUCUAUGCAAACAUGGUGGAUGGGUGUGGGCCCAAACGCAUGCAACGAUCCUCCGAAACGCUCGUGGGUCAAAGUCGGACUGUGUAGUCGGUGUUACCUAUGUCCUCGCGGAAAUUCAAGCGGCCAGGAGGAAGUUCGAUGUUAAACAGCUCCAGGUCGACUCUAUUGAGACUUCAAAUUGCGGCCGCACUUUGGCUUCGAAACCCACGAAUUCAUCCAGACGCAAACGCUCAUACCCUUCACAAAAUGCUCUACAAAUCGAAGCAUUGCAGCCUCUCUACAACUGUGAAUCAAGUGUUCCUAUCUCCAAUGUUGAUUUUUAUCAAAAUCUUAAUGGAGGCACAGAAGGUGGCGGAGGGGACGUAUGGUAUGUUUCUUCCAAUCCUUCAACCUCUUAUCAGCCUCCACCCCAGCCGAAUCACGCCGGCUUAAUAAGUGAUGCCUACGCAAAUCAAAGUGGGAUCGUAGUGCAACAACCCACAGGGAUGUCUGUCUCGCCGUUAAACUUAGGGAUAGUGGAAGAGGCUCCUUAUUUUGGAGGGCCUUUUAGCGACUCCUCCAUUCCCUCAUCUUCCGUUCCCUCAUCAUCCAUUCCCUCGUCCUUUAUCCCUAUGGUUACCAAUAGCUACUUGGAACAGUUAGGAAGCUACCAAGUUGAUGCCAAUUUUCCCGAAUAUUGGCAGGAUCCGUCCUAUUAUUAUCAAAGUUAG